GAAACCCCCCCCCCCCUUCACAAUUCUCGAUUGUGAUUCUUUAUCCGCAAAAGAUUAUCAAGACUAGAUACUUGGGAGUUUCUUUCAAUUCUAAUCUUCUAUCAAAACAAACAAGCCUUACAGUCAAUAGACAUCCAUUCCAGUAUGUCUUCAGUAAACUUCACCUCGAGUUUUCCCCGUCGCCAAAACAAUCAGAAUGAAUCAUUCUGGAACCCAAUCUCGCCUCUAACCAGUAAGUCAUCACUAACCCAAAACUCACACCAAGCCUCGCUAACCCCCAAUCCCCUAGCUGCUUAUAAUCGCAGACAGAGCGAAUAUCCCUCCCGCGUCAUGGCCAAUAGCUUUGGUACAAUACCUGUACCCAAUUUCCACUUCGAUGGAAAAAGGCCGCCGCGAAUCACCUCCCCAUUAUCAAACAUAAAGCCCAUCGGGUUCGAGCGGAACAUCUCACGACAAAUGGGAUAUUCAUCUUUCUGCAUCUCAGAAGUUGGAGAAGAAGUGCCAUCGGUUGAAGAGGAGAGUGGGGGGGAGAGUCCGAUUAUCACGCAAUCGUUAGUGCGUGGUAUGCAUCCGGUUCAACAUGGAGCGUCUAAUUCGAUGCAAGAGGAUGAUAUGUCGGUUCUUGAUCUUGAGAAUUCUUUUGCGGGAUUGAAUGUCAAUGAGGGAGCUUCUCCUUCGAGGGGGAAGAAGUCCUAUGGUACACUCAAUUCGUAUCAUCCCUAUGCUCAGACUCAAGGUCAUGCUGCAAAUACGGGGAUGCAGCCACCCAAUUUUCCCAGUGGACACCGGGAUAUCACAGCAAUCUUUCAGGGACCACAAGUCCAGAAUAGUCUACCCUUGAGAACUGGUGCAUCAUACGCAUCAUCUGGUAAUAUUCCGGCACUCGUUCAUCGUGCUGUAGAGCAUGAACACAAAAGAAGCAUAACCAGCUUCGGGGGCCCUGAACAACAUAUGUCACAAUUCAAUGCACAAGUAUUCAGCGAUCCAUCAACUAUCAAUGAUGACUACACGAUCAAGAUCCAGACACCGCCGAUUAAUUUUGAGCACCAGAAUCGCAAUACAUUCUCCAUUGGCUCAAACAACUCUUUCCAAAAUGCCUAUCCAGGCUCUGCACCAACUCAACCAAGAUCAAUGGUCCCCCAUCACAAUAAAGUCCCAACAGUUAGCCAGACCCCAGACCAAUCUAGCGCAUCAUUCCCAUCCAGCAUGCGACCAACCGGUCAACUUCUCCGAGAACAAGGACUCCUCGCACCCCUCCCCUCCCACGCUUCAAACCCCACCAACUCCAACCACCUCAACAGCAACCACACUCGCGACUCCCCCAGCAAAUUCCUCUGCGAAGCCCACCUCCCCCCCGAUCUCAACUGCGCCGUUUGGAUCCAAGGCAUCCCCAAAGCCUUCGAGCGACAAUUCCUGUAUCAGAAAUUAUUCAACGCCAUCUCCAUCGGCCCCAUAGUCGCCGCAUAUAUCUGUCUCGGAGGGGAUCAGCAUUCGAGCCACGCAGCCAAGGUAGUAUUCAAACAUGCCGAACACGCGAUUCGCUUGAGACAGCAAGCGCACGUCGCGGGGAUAUAUAUGCACGGGAACCGUCUCCGAGUUGAAGCGAAUCGGCACGGACAGCGUGAAUAUCCGCUCCGAUUGCACUAUCGAAGCCGGGUGAUCCUGCUCGAGGUGUUCAAUCAUGCGGGUAUGGAUCUUGCGUUUUGGACCAUGUUUAUUUCGAAUCUCGGUGUGGAUGAUAUGGAGAACUGCAGAUAUCUGUCCUAUAGUUCUCCGCGGCGGAUGGUGAUGGAGUUUCGAUUUGCGCGGAUAUUUGGACAGGCGUCGGUUUUGCUGGCGGGGAUUCGAGCGAAUGCGGCGUUUGAGGGGAUUGUCACGGCGAGGUAUGCUCCGGAUGUGCGGUGUGAUGUCUGUGAUAUGUACUGAGAUGGGGUUGAGUGUGGUUCUUGUUGCGACUGGUUAGUAGGUCAGUGUUUGAGAGGAGGUAUUUGGUCAGGAUAAAGCUGUGUGUUUUGGCAAGGUCGAUUGUAUAGAUAUAAUUGUUAGGAUGGAUAGGAAAUCGAGAAAGGGAACCAAAGAGCAAUAGUAAAAUUACAUCAUUACCCAUCAGAAUAAUACAAAGACAUCCUUUCAGUGAAACUCCAUUACACAAUGAUUGACAAACAGCA